UCUUUUUCCUGUCGCAAGAAGCAUGAAGAAAGAGCAGGUUGUAAACUGUCAGUUUUCUGUCUGGUAUCCGACAUUUAAAAAACACACAAUAAAAAGUUUAAUUCUUCCACUGCCACAGAAUGUCAUAGAUUAUUUGCUGGAUGACGGAACACUUGUAGUUUCUGGGAGAGAAGAGCCGCCAAGUCACUCUCAGAAUAACGACAGUGGUGAGGAAGAAGAAAUACAGUGGUCAGAUGACGAAACUACGGCAACUGCUACAGCCCCUGAAUUUCCAGAGUUUACAUCAAAAGUACAAGAGGCGAUCAACACUUUGGAUGGGAGUGUCUUUCCCAAACUGAACUGGAGUUCUCCAAGGGAUGCAAACUGGAUUGCUAUGAACAGUUCAUUACAGUGCCAGAGCCUGAGUGACAUUUUCCUCCUCUUUAAGAGUUCAGACUUCAUUGCACAUGACUUAACUCAACCAUUUAUUCAUUGUAAUGACGACUCCCCAGAUCCACAGAUAAACUAUGAGCUUGUUCUUAGAAAAUGGUGCGAGUUAAUCCCUGGUGGAGAGUUCAGGUGCUUUGUCAAGGAAAACAAACUUAUAGGUAUCUCACAGAGGGACUACACGCAAUACUAUGAUCACAUUUCCAAACAGGAAGACGAUACCUGUAGAUCGAUUCAGGAUUUCUUCCAGGAGAACAUACAGUAUAAGUUCCUAGAUGAAGACUUUGUGUUUGACGUCUACAGAGACAGUAGGGGUCGGGUGUGGCUUAUAGAUUUUAACCCCUUUGGUGAAGUGACAGAUUCACUUUUGUUUACUUGGGAGGAGUUGACUUCAGGAACCAAUCUUCGAGAUGAAAACUGUGGCGGAGAGACCACAGAGCAGGACUCUCCAGCAUUUCGCUAUACCACCAGCGAUGUGACAGUCCAGCCGAGUCCCUGCUUGAGUUAUCGGAUACCCAGGGACUUUGUGGACCUCUCCACUGGAGAGGAUGCAUACAAGCUUAUUGACUUUCUCAAGCUGAAAAAAAAUCAACAAGAUGAUGAAUCUGAUGAAGAUGUGUAGGGAAAAUUGUUCCUCAAAGCAGGAUUGGGAAUGGCUAAAGUUUAUUGCUUUUUAUUUUUGAAAAAAAUAAUACAUAGCAAGGGGUACUGUAAACAUGUAGAAAUGUGUCUUUUUGGAACCGUGUAAAAAAAAAAAAAAAAAAAACCAAAAAAUUAUGGGUGCAUGAGGAUUUUUUUAUUUCAUACACCAUGCAAAAAUAUACGUCUGAAACUAUUUUACAAAUAGAGAGAAAAGAAAACUGAAGGAUAGCACCGGGGUUUUUCAACCAGUAGCUGCGCUUGAUAUUGUUUUAGUUUAUUUAUUGAUUAGUCUGAACAUUAAUUUAAUAGCUUGGUGUAUUCGUGUAUGUUUAAAAAAAUGUUUCUUAAAGUACAGAAUAAAUUAGGUCUACAUUUUGUUUGUCAUUUGCUUGAAAACAACGGUACUGUAGCAAAGAAAAUGAGUGAUUUGUUUUUUAUACCUUUUGAAAGAAAAGGUAUUUGUAAAUUGGGUAACUUAAUAUAAAAUGGUCAUGGAUACAUUUAGAUGUACAGAUUAUUAAACAUUCAUCUUUCACAGUGUUGGCUUGAACUUAAAAAAAAAACAACUGCUGAAACAAAACUAGUAAGUGUAAAACUACACAUUAAAGAAAAUACAUGCAUAGUACAAUUAUUGUAUAUAGACCUGCACUUUACUUUUUAUGGUUAUAAAGACUUAACAUAGUGUGUUUUGGGACAAGCUAACCAUCUUUAUUUGUAAAUUGAAACAUAUUUAGCAUGUUUGUAAUAUCACUUUAUCAGCCUCAUGUUAAUAGUGUUGUGAACACAGAUUUGUGUACCACAAUAUGGAGGUUUGAUUACAAAAGGCUUUGUUAUAUCAUGCUUAAAUAUAGUUAACUUGAUAAAUAAAAGCAAAUGCCUCUA